CGGCUGUCGGUCGGGCGCGCUGACCGACGCUUACCAACGUCGCCAGUUCGCAGUGCGUUGAACGGAAGCGUGCCGAGAUCAGGCUCUGCGGGACAUGGCAGGUGGAAUAAUGCUGCCGCAGUUCUUCACAGGAGUGAGUCCGCGGCACGAGUUCAAGCCACAGAGGCCACGAGGUGGAACUAUCGAAAAGACGUAGAAGAGCGUACCGGAAGACCCAUCGAAAGCAAGGUGGGCCAGUCAUUCUGAUAUCACCAUCUGUGUGCCUGCAGCUCCGGAGAUUAGCGGCUGACAACGAGUCUACCUUUUUCCUUCCGGAGCUCCUCUCACUGGACGAAAACAGUCAAAGUCACGCUCUGCAGCAGCUGAGCAAUCGCAGAUGUCCGAGGUGUCCCAGAUGUCGGAAGUGUCGUGAAGAAGUUCAGGUCUAUCAUUGCUCUACUGCUGCUUCUACUUCUGGGAUGCGCCGCCGUGUAUUUCAUCACAACAAGCAUGGGUGAAGGGGAUGGAGGUGAUGGUGAGAAAUCUGACGACUCCGGAAACGAAGGGGGUUCAUUGGGAGGAGGUGGAGGAGGCGGAGAAACCGGAGGAGGUGGAGGAACUGGUGGAAGCUUGGUGGUCCAGAAAAAGACGACAACGACCACAAAACGCGCUCGCCGCACUACUGAGGGCAUUACCUUUAGCCCAACUCCGGACAAAUUUCAAGAACCGGCGGCCACGCCACGCACGGAUCGAAAGCCGCGCACUGCCAGCGAGGACCUGCUGCUGUGCACAAUUAGCCACCGGGCGUUCAACAAAUAUGUGUACCCGGAAGACGGCCUCUGCGACCUCCUGUAUUACACCACGGCCUACUACGAGCCCGCCAAGAAAGAAUUCCGAGGCGCGCGCGACGUGUUCAGCUUCGGCGCGUUUCGUGCCAAGGUGAAGGAGGCGGACGCCACUAGCAAGACGAGCUACGGCAUUUCAUUUGACUACAGGUACGGAAAGAUGAUCGCCGAUCAGCUGAAAACAUCCGACGCCCAAAGCAGCUUUCGGAAUCUGUGGAACGACCGCAUCUACCACUACGGAAUCCUGCACGUCUGGGCAAGCCCAAGUGAGAUCAAGAGCACCGACAAGCUGCAGCUCCUCACGGAGCUGAAGAACCGCCAGGAUGCCCUCGGAACGGACAAGAAAGGGCACCGCGCCCUUGGAUUUCAGGUCACCGCAGUAAGUGACACCAACAAGACUGCGGAUACGGCCAACUACCUUCUUAAAAACUACCCAAUCACCAUAAUGGUGACGAUUACCCACACCUUCAAGGCACCUAAGGGCAGCAUCUCAGGCGGGCCGUCUGCUUGGGGGACGAGUAUCACACCCUACACAAUGGCAAGUACAAGUUGUAGCACUACAUUCAGCGGUGGUUUCUAUUGCGCCACUGUUGCAGUAUAUAGCUGAAAUUAGAAUGCGACGUCAUAUACCAAAGCUCGCCCGAGUCCUUGCCGACUGGAACGUUCUUGGAAUAUCAUAGUGUAGCGACACCGUUUA